UAAAAUGUUUGGGGCACAACAAGUCUUCGUUUAUCAUCGAUCAAGUAACAUCAGCUCCGUUCUCGAUUUUUACGUAAAACAAGGAUUCGUCACUGUAAUACCGUGGAAUGUGACUGCAAUUGAAAAGGGUCUAGGGAAUCGAAUGCGCUAUGGCUACAAACGGCUUUCACUGCAGAACGACUGCGUGUUGCGUAACAUACACCGGUUCAAAUAUCUCCUAAUGCACGACAUCGACGAGGCCAUCGUGCCCUACUUGCACGAGAACUACUCCGCCAUGAUGCAGAGUUUUCCUAGCAGAGCUGCCUACAGGUUCAGCAAUGCGUUCUUCCCGCGUGUCUUCAUUGACAAUGUGACUGUGUACGAAAACAGAACUGGAGAUAAAGAUGGACGAAUGUUGCGAUACAAACCGGUAGCACUCUUAGCAACAAAGCGGUUAUAUGUUUGGUUUGGUGGUGGUCGAUGGAAAAUGAUCAUAAGACCGGAAAAAGUGAAUCUCAUGACGACCCACAGUGCCAUUAAUGCCACCAGCGUCUGUGCUGUGUUGCCUACCGAAGCCGUUCUGCAUCAUUUUAGGCAAGGACGCCCAAUCUACAUUAGGAGAAAUAUGGUUCUAAAGAGACAUUUUCUUGAAACACGCAUGUACCAUUUUAAGGAAAAAUACCUGGCACGCUUAGAAACGACUGAGAAAAUGAUGAAGAAGAGUGGCAUUGCAUGGCCAUGAUGUAAACCUAUCAUAUAUGGUCUACUUUGACUUUCUGUCGACAGCGUUAUUAAGAGAUGUGAUGGUAUUUGUAUAUUGGGGUUUAGAUAUUAAAUAAACAAGAACGCACACAAACACGAACAUGUAUGCAAAAUAACUAAAAAAGCACGUGCACAAUUGCAAUUUAGAAUAUUUUCACACACGCUGAACACGCACAUGUACAGGUAGUACGAUAUGCCAU